UUCUGCUCCCUUUCUAUAUAAGCUUCCCAAACCCUGCCCAGACUUAUCCAGAGACAACUCAGCCCCAAGCCCCAAUAACAACAACAGUACAGCCACAGAGGCAAAGGCAAUGGCCACAUUUAACUUAGCCCAGCCGGAGGACAUGGGGCCAGCGCUGCCCAGAGGAGCCCUGUUUGGAGUUGGCAGUACCAGGGGGACAUGCAGGAGCUUGUUUGGACCCAUAGACCACGACGAGCUGAGAUCUGAACUGCAGAGGCAGCUCAAGGAGAUCCAAACAUCAGAUUGUCAGCGUUGGAACUUUGAUUUUGAAGCUGGCACACCAUUGAAGGGUGCCUUCUGCUGGGAGCCCCUGGAAAGCAAAUCAAUGCCCAUCGUCUACAGGGAAAGCAGACUGUCCCCUGUCAGCACAGCACAGGUGCCCAGGCAAACCCAGCAGCCCACUGUAAACAGCAGAAUUCCUGUGCCAACAGAGGGCAAGGAGGAGGCACCAGUGGAAGCAGCUCUGCUCACUCUUGGGGGCACAGAUUGCGCAAAGGAGAACGCAGAGCUGGCAAUCAGGAGGUGUCAGGGAGUUAAAGUACCGACCAAAUCCUCUACUCACAUCACUUCCCAGCUUAGGAAGAGGGAGGUCAGCACUACCAUAACAGAUUAUUUCCCCAAAAGGAAAAGAGUAACAUCAGUUGCAAAGAGUGACAGUCUGAAGGGUACCCACCCAUUUUGCACUUUGGAGCAGACCCCCAGAAAAAAAAUCCGAUGAAUCUUUGAUCUGGAUUUUUUUUUGACUGAUCAGGGGAAUAUAUAAAGCAGCCAGAAGACAAGCGUCGAUCUCCGUUGCCCACCUCCCGAAGGAGUGAAGGAAAAGAGACUUUUUUUUUUCGUAUUUUUUUCGUAUUUUUUUUUUUCAUUAUGUGCUUGGAGCUAGUCGACAACGUUCUGAAGGAGAGAAUGAGGGCUCCUGUUACGGUUGUGGAGGUUGAUGCAGCGUCUGGGAUGAGGACUUUCUAAAUAUUACGCAUGGGUUAAUAAAACAAAAAAACUGACGCCACAAACUUUUGAUCCAUAUAUUGGAUAUCUGUAGCAUUUUUAAAUUUUUUCUUUUUUUUUACAUUUAAUACUUUUUUGAGGGGAAGCGGAAUUUUUUUUUUUUUUUUUCUUUAAGGGUUGAGCUAGCAGAGCAAUCCACCAUUUUUUUUCCUGUUUUUGUGCUGUGAAUGUUAACUUAAAUAUCUUAAAUUUUGCAACUUAAUAAGAGCCAAUAGACAUGCACAAGUGAUGUAUGGAGCAUUUCAUAAUGUGUAAUCAUGUUUAUUGUUUUUUUGCACUGUUUUAUUUUUAUUAAUAUAACACCAUUAUGUACAGCAAAAAUGUAACAAAGCUUAAACAAAAAACAAAAAAAAAACAAACAAAAACAUAAGUUAUAUAUUUAUAUAACGUGUUGGAAUAUUCCAAUGUUAAGCCAUAAUACUGGCUACAAAAACCGUUAAUAGAUGUUAUACGUAUGUCUCCAUUUUGGAGAGAUAAAAGUAAUUGUUUCGUAACUAUGCAUGUACAGUGUUCUAUAUAUAUUUUUUGUUUUGUAACUUUGUUUUGAAAAAAAUGUACAGAUUAUUGCAAUAUCUUCAAAAAGUAAAAUAUAUGACUUUUAUACCUUA